UCAGAGAUCACAAUCAAACACACACCAUCAACCACAGCACACUGUCUACCUGCAUAACACAAUGACAGAGCCUGCGGCGUCGAUGAGCAUCACCAGGUGUGUGAGAUCACAUGGAGGCGGUUGCCAUGGCAACCACUGCCCUUGAUCACAGGUGACGGGAUGCCGAUGCAGCAUCUUUACGCGCAUGUCCCCCUCCCUCCGAUCCCCAGACACACGCACUAAAAAUAGAUUCAACUGACACCGUGGCUCCAUGUAACGUGAGGCGUUGUGAAAUGGGAAAUGUUUUCCUCGACACUGAACACUUUGACACCGGCAUGCAUCCACAUGUAGCUUCAUUCUUAAGAAAUGAAUUGUACAUUUACCACAUCUGUUUAAAAUGAUGCAUGCAUGAGAUGAUGACUCUAUCGGUCGUCUAAAAAAAGCUAAGUUUUAUUUUAGAUCGCCAUAUUGAGAUCAUGUGACCAGCCUCCACAUUACCAGCUUUAAAAGCCUAUACUGAAGCACAGUCUGGUGCCAAACGCUCAUCAAUCAUGAACAAAUCACUGCACUUUAGUGAACGUCCUCAGACAUGAGGGCCAUUAGUCAGGCAGGGCAUCUCGUGGGAAAAACACACAAUCUCAAUGACAAUCUCAAAACAUCUGCGGUAAGAGCUUACUGCCUUUAUAAUGCUACCUUAUCAUGACUAUACAGUGUAUUCUAAGUUAUCUAUCUAUCUAUUUUAUGAUAUACAAAUGAUUUUUAUUAAUUAUCACAUAACCAAUGAGCAGAACUGAUUAUUAUUUAUUGCUUUAUAUCUGGUUUUUGCACAAUAAUAACUAAAAUCAUUAGACCACAAGAAUAAAAAAACAACAGUAUGAAUAUUUAUGCUAUGAAUAAUAUAAUAAAAAUAACAAUAAAUUAUAUGCACUGCUCACUUGAGAAUGAAUGGCUGUAAAAAAAUAAAUAAUUGUAUUUUUUUUUUUUAAGUUAUGCAAGCAAUAUAUUAAAUAAGUUAAUUUUUUUGUGAACAUCAUUGGUUUUUAUUUUUUGUACUGAACGUAAUAGAGUUGAUGGGUGUUUAGAGACCCAGCAGAUGGUGCCAUUUAUUAGUAGAAUCUGAUGAAGCAGAAAAGUGCAAAAAUAUCAUCACCUUUCCUAUAAAUCUGAAAUAAACCACUCAAUCACACAUGCAUACAUAAUACACUGUUAUACACCACUGCAUAUGAUAUGCAAUGGCAUUAUGACUCUUUAUGAAUGUGAAAGAUAUCUAAAAAAAAAAAGAAAGAAAGAAAGAAAAGCUGCUUCAGUUUCAGUUGUGGCUUCACAUUCAGUUCUGCUUGAGUUUCAGCUUGUUUUUUGUUUUUUUCAAACCAAAGAACUAAUUAGCUAAUGGUUCAGCAAGCUACUGUCUGUGAUUUUUAUCACAAUCACCAAAAAACAGUUUUAGCCCAAUACAAUUGAUUAUUAAUACUACAUAUCUGAAAUAAAUCCCUAAAAAUGUGACCAACUCCUAACAAAGUAACAUGUUUAUAAUGUACAGAAAAACAAUGAGAGGGCAGAGAACAAUGGCAGACGUCACAAUGAGCUCCAUAUGCGCCUAAUAUAUCAAACACCACAUACACAUCUAACACAAAGACACAUUCAGAGGAUGUUUUAGCGGAUUUGAUCAUGUUUUUGAAUGAAUUGGAUAACAGCUGUCAUUCAGCACCGUCCCAACCAAACCACACAAAGAGAGAAAGAAAGUCGCUCAAGGCUGCACAAACAUCGCGCGUGACGCGACACGACGCGACGCACGUACGCACAACGCCCAGAUAACGAAUAACGCAGCAGUAUGUGUGAAGGGCCCUCAGCGAUCUCUGGCCCCAUUCCUCCGGACCCCACACUGUUUCCUGAGUAUUAUAAACGGCCGUCCUCUGCUCGUGGUCGGCUGGAGGGAAACGCUCAGAGCGGCUCGUCUCCGCUUCUGAAGGGUCCGAUAGCACCAGAUCCUGGGUGUUACAGCGCCCGCUCCACCCCUCGACCCCGCAUCGGUGCCAACGCCGCUCACAUCCUAGAGAGAGGACAGAGAGGGGUUGUGGGAGACCUGCUGAAGCUGGAGGGAGUGGCGCUGAACCCCAGCCCAGCCAAACCUAAACCUGCCAUACGGGACUUUGGUAAAGAAAAUGUGCGCAAGCUACGUGAAAUCCAGAAGCGCUUCCGAGAGCUGGAGGCGCAGAGAGAACAUGCCAAACCUAUGCCGGUUAAAGCACUCUGGAUCUCUCCAAAAUACCAGGACGUCCCCUCCAGAGUAAUGGCCCAGUUACAGGAGACGAGCCCUCCUAAGAAACCCGUGUGUCAGAACUUCCUGAAGGCUCAUUCUCUGUGUGGAGCUGGAGGUCGAGUGCCGCUCUGCCGCUCAGAGAGCGGACCGUCACCAGCGGCAGGAGACUCCGAUUCUGAGAUGCAUGUGAGAGGACACACGGUGGACUUUGUGAGUCAUAACGCUCGUGCCGCGUCGAAGACGAACCUGAGGAGAUCCCAGUCCUUACAGAACCUCCGAGACAAACCGCCACCCAGCGCCGAGAAGGGCAAAGUACCACAAUAUCUGGAGCAGAGGAAGUUGCAGUGGAAGAAAGAGGAGGAGGAGAGGAGGAGAAACACUCCUGAUCCGUCCGUUCCUGCUGGACACACUCAGAUGUCUGAAAGAGAGAGACAGGAGACCCUGCAGUCCCUCAAAGAAACUCACAGGUCUCUGGUCAGUGAGCUGCUGUCUCUCCCCAUCAAAGCCGACACAAUGAGCGUCCGCUCUCGACGCGCUCAACUCGAUCAGCGUCUCUCGGAGGUCGAGGAGGCCAUCAAAAUCUUCUCGCGGGAGAAAGUCUAUGUGAAAGUCGACUCUUGAGAAGCCACGCUCAUAUCAAGCUGUUUCUUUUAUAUUUAUGUAUUUAUUAGUUAGCAGCAGUUGCUCUUUCGUUUCCUGAAUUCACUGCAUUUGAACGCUUUACACUAUAAAGAGAUUCGUGACUAAAUAUGACACAAAUUAGUGGCAGAAAUCAUUGAUUUCAUUUUUGAUAAUUAUAUUCUGUAUUCAUGCUUUGGUUAGCUCAUUAUGAGAUUAAACAGCCAUAAUUAUCAAAAAGUCAUAAUUAUGAAAUGAAAAGUCAAAUAUUAUGAGAAAAACAUCAAAUUAUGACAUACUAAGAUUGACAUAGAAGUUGACAUUUUUGACUGUUUCCAUUUUUAAUCUUAAAAUUAUGAUUUAGUGUGUAAUCUCAUAAUUAUGUAUUUAUCUCAUAAAUGACUUUUGUCUCACAAUUAUGGCUUAGUAUGUGACAGUUUUGAAUUUAUCUCAUUAUUAUGACCUUUAAUCUCGUAAUUAUGAAAUUUUACGUACAUAAUUAUGAUUUACCAAAGUAUUUCUUAUGUAGCAGAAAUGGGUUUCCAUAGUAUUUGUUUAAAAGUUCAGAAUUGUCUAUAAAUUAUGGAAUAUUUACUUCUAGAUUUUGUUAUCAAAAGUAUUUCUGCUGCCAUGUACAGUAACAAUUGUUGAAUGUCUACUAUAGCAAGGUGCUGAUCAUAAUGCUGUCAUAUUAGCAAAUCUUUAUAUUUAAUAGUUUUGAUGUCAUUGAAAUUAAUUUUAGUAUUGCAGUACUAAAAAGUGGUGCUUUUACACAUAAUCACAAGUUAUGUGCACCAACCACAAAAACUCAGUUUAUAGCAAUUAUCGUUGUACAUACAGAAAACAUAAAAUACACUGUUUGUUUUAUCAUGUCAAUUAAAUUCCAUAAAGUACCUCCAAAUAUUCGCAUCACACCUAAAAUGUGAAU